AUGACUAGCUGGUCGUGGUCCUCCACGGGUACUGAAGUCGUGCACGAAUUUGAGGGGCGGAUCAGAGGGCGGACAUUCCUGAUAACUGGACCAAGUGACGGAGGGAUUGGUGCGGAAACUGCACUCUGUCUAGCAUCGAAAUCUCCAUCAACUGUCAUUCUUGCAGGCCGGGAUCGCGUCAAAAUCCAGCCGGUCAUCGACAAAAUUACUGAGAUCAACUCAAAUAUCAAGGCAGUCUUUGUUUCCUUGGAUCUAAGUGAUCAAUUCUCAAUAAGAGCAGCCGCUGCAGAAAUAAACGGUCAUUUUGAUCGCAUUGAUGUCCUCAUCAACAAUGCCGCCAUCAUGGCUUGUCCCUAUGGCACGACCAAAGAUGGGUUCGAGGUACAAUUUGGAACAAAUUUCCUGGGUCCUUUUCUAUUAACUGGUCUUCUGCUCCCUAAGCUCCGCGCUGCUGGGCCGGGUGCGCGUAUCGUCAACGUGAGCAGCUCCGCACAUCGGUUUGAGGGUAUUCGAUUCGAAGAUAUAGAUUUCGAGGGCGGUACUGCUUAUGACACAUGGAAAGCAUAUGGCCAGUCAAAGACAGCAUUGAUACUUAUGGCCAACCACCUGGCAAGACGUAUCCCAAGCAGAGACAUUGCAUCUUUUGCGAUUCACCCAGGAAGUAUCGCAUCAGGUCUUCAACGUCAUGUAGAUUCAGAGUCAAUAUCUGAUGCGCGAGUAAAGUCACAAUCAAUUACGGAUUUUGAAGUUGCGGACCGGAAGACCCUUCAGCAAGGUUGCGCCACUACCCUCUUCGCCGCCCUGAACCCAGCCCUUGAAGGUGAUGCUACAUACCAGGUCAAUAUGGUUCUACCUGCUAACAUUCCAUCAUUUUUAGAUCUGUCUGGUUUAUACUUCAGUGAUUGUCAAUUGAAAAACCCAGCGAUUCAUGCUUGCGGAGCAGAGACCGCCGAUAGGCUGUGGCAUCUAGGCGAACAGCUUCUUGGAGAAGACUUCAAUUUGUAA